CUUCAUCCGAUCCCUCCAAGUUUUAGUUCGACUGAAACUCGCUACGAUGGACGACCUUGUCCUCAAUCUUGACAUUGGCGAUGACACGCGAACAAAGAAGGUGGGUCGGAGCCAAGGAGGGCGCUGGACCGACAGACUAAAAGCGAAACGGACAGAAAAACGCAAGAUAAAAACAGUCGCAAAACAAGCCAAGAGGCCUUCGGAAGUCGUCGACAAUCGACCCGCCAAACGCCCUCGCACGGAAACACCAAAAACUUCCGCGUCCUCGUCCGCCUUACCUGUAGGGCAGCAAGCUAAUCGCCCACCGACCCAAAUCAUUUCCUCGCUAUUCUCUUACAAUCCCAAGAUUGAAGCUCCCGUGAAUGAACCUACCCGAGGAAAGUGGCCAAGCCAAGUAAUGCACCGUUGUUGGACUCAGACGGAUUCAACGGGCUUGGUCUCGAUCCCUUAUUGUCCGCUCAUCUAGCCAACAAAAUGAAUAUUGCCCAGCCGACGUCUAUUCAACGCGGCGUACUUUCUGCUGUGCUCUCUACGAGGUCGGAAGAGGACGACGACGCGAAAUCGCGAGAUAUAUUUAUCCAAUCGCAAACUGGUUCUGGAAAGACGCUAUCAUUUCUGCUGCCCAUUAUCCAAGACCUUCUCCCCCUCAGUUCCAACUCCUACAUUGACCGGUCGAUUGGCACGUUGGCAAUCAUCAUUGCUCCCACGCGAGAACUAGCGAAACAGAUUUCAGACGUCCUCGAGGCAUUGUUACAGCUCCGACUCCGCUCCGAAGAUGAGUCUGCCGAAGACGCCAGUGGAUCUGCGCCACGCCUUACGCGCUGGCUCGUGUCCGGUCUGCUGACCGGAGGAGGUACUCGUACCCAUGAGAAAGCUCGUCUCAGGAAGGGACUUCCCAUCAUCGUUUCUACUCCGGGUCGGUUACUCGAUCAUUUGCAAAACACAUCUUCCUUCAAUGUGGGCAAAUGCCGCUGGCUUGUCCUGGACGAGGCGGACAGACUGAUGGAACUUGGCUUCGAGGAGACGAUCACGGGUAUCAUCCAAGGCUUGGAUGGGCGAAGGAAAUUGGCCAUACAAGCUGUUGAGGCCGGGAAAAGUAUGGAAGUCGGAGGUUGGGACUGGGAUUCGAGACGGCGGACUGUCUUGUGCUCGGCCACCAUUCGGGAGGAUGUGCAGAAGCUAGCUGGGAAGGCGUUGAACAACCCUGUAAUGAUCAAGGCUACGGAGGCUGACCCAGCGGCGGCUGCCUCCGCAGACCAAGCGAUCGUAUCGGAAAAGAUGACGCCGCCCUCACAGCUGUCACAGAAGUACCUGGUCGUCCCGCUCAAGAUGAGAUUGGUGGCACUCGUUGCACUUCUGCGGUCCCUCAUCUCGCAAUCGCAAGGUCGUCGAGGCACGAAGAUCAUCGUGUUUCUCAGCUGCACAGACUCGGUCGAUUUCCACUUCAAGCUGCUGGCUGGGGCAACUAUGAGUGGGGCCAAUCCAGCGGCGGCUCCUGACUCAGAUGAAGACGAGGAUUCCGGGGAAGAUGACCAGGCUCAGACUUCACCCACCGACGCAAUUCAGGUCAAAUCACCACUUCUGCCCGAGACAUCUGUCUUUCGACUGCAUGGUUCGCUGCCGACACCGGUGCGUCUGGCCUCUCUGCGGGGCUUUUCGGGUAAGGGAACUGGCUCAUCUUCGAUCCUACUGUGCACUUCUGUUGCGUCACGGGGCUUGGAUCUGCCGCUGGUCCGGGCUGUCGUCCAGUACGAUCUCCCCACGGAAGGUGGAGCAACUGAAUAUGUCCACCGAGUGGGUCGGACAGCUCGUGCUGGCAAGGGCGGCGAGGCCUGGAGUAUGGUCGCUCCCAGUGAAUCGGAAUGGGUCAAGUGGGUCGAGAAGGAGAUGCGAGGGAGCGCCGAUGACAAAAGCAUCUCGCUGUCAGGCGUCUCCGUUGAAAGGGUAUUGCAGGAUGGCUUCGGGGGGAAAGGUGCUGAAUACGAGACCCGGGCUACGGAAGUGCAACUUGCUUUCGAGCGCUGGGUGCUCCGUGACAAGCAGAACGCAGAGUAUGCAAGAAAGGGCUUUCUUUCUCACAUGCGUGCCUACGCCACUCAUCCUUCAAGCGAGAAGCACAUCUUUCAUGUGCGACAUCUGCAUCUCGGUCACCUGGCAAAGGCAUUUGCCCUACGUGACGCGCCGAAAUCGGUUUCCGCGGGAGCCGACAAGAACAAGACGAUGCCGAAGCCGAAGGAGUCGGACCGUAAGCCUAAGCAGGGCAAGGUGGAGGCCAAGGCGGAGGCCAAGAAACGGGGACGUGAGUGGGAAGUGGAUCAUAGCGGUGACGCAGAACGUCGCAUGCAGGAGAUUGUGCGUUCCCAGGGUCGACUGACAAAGAAGGGCGGUGUGAUGACGAGCUCCGGGGUGUCAGAGUUCCAAAUUGCCGGUGGCGCGGUAUUGGAAAGACUAGUAAACCCCAGGUAAAUACGUCAAGUGUUGUAUCUCUAGCCGUUCUUCCCCCAUGCAAGCUACAUCGACCAUACGCGUUGCCAUCUGCGGUGGCGGGAUCGGGGGACUGUCUCUCGCGGUAGCGUUGUCUCGGUAUCCGCACAUCAAAGUCGAUGUCUAUGAAGCUGCAGAACGUUUUCAAGAGAUUGGAGCGGGUUUAACCAUCUGGAGGCGCACAUGGCGUGUCCUCGAGCUCCUUGGCUUGGCGGACGACUUUAAGAACAUCGCCGAUAAAAAGCCCAGUUCUGAGAUUGACAUCGGAUUCGAGUAUCGAAGGUCGGACCUGCCCGAGGGAUUCAACCUUGCGCUACUGAAGGUGCCUUACGGAGGUCUCAACUUUCAUCGCGCACAUUUCCUGGAUAUGUUGGUCAAGCAUCUCCCCUCGGAUGCCGCUCACUUCGGCAAACGAGUUCUAUCAUAUUCCAAGCCAGAAGAUGGCGGACAAACGACUAUCGCUUUCGCCGACGGGACGAACGCGACGUGUGACGUUCUUGUCGGCUGUGAUGGGGUCAAGUCUGUCGUGCGAAGGCAAAUGCUCCAAAGCAGAGCCGAGACAGAUGGACGGCCGGACCUUGUCGGCCUAAUCGAGCCGUGCUGGAGCGGCGCUAUUGCCUAUCGAGGCCUAGUCCCUCGUCUGAGCUUGAGUCUGCCGGAGCGAAACACAGGACCCUCGACCGGCCCGUAAUAUACUGCGGACAGAACAAGCACAUUGUCGCAUACACUGUGGCCCGAGGACAGCUUGUCAACGUCGUUGCGUUCGCAACCAAUGACUACAACUCGGAAUACACGGAUUACGGAGCAGAGUGGGUUGCCAGCUGCAGCAAAGAAGAGGUGCUCGAAAGCUACCGUGGAUGGGAGCCCGAAGUCCAGGCGCUUCUCCAGAAGAUCGACAAUCCCACCAAGUGGUGUAUACCCUGCCUCCGGCCGCUCCCCCUAUACGUGUCCGAUCGCGUAGCUUUGCUCGGAGAUGCAGCACAUGCUAUGACACCCCACCUUGGAGCCGGAGCAGGACAAGCCAUCGAGGACGCAUACAUCCUCGCCACUGCCUUGGGUGCCGCCAAGAAGUCCACCAUCGACGAAGCAUUGAAGGCAUACGAAGCGACACGUCUUCCGAUCGCAAACAGGGUUCUCACAGACGCACGCGAGACAGGACGCAUGUACGAGUUUCACGGCGUGUACGGGCAAGACGAUGCCGCAGUAGGCCCCGCAAUCGUGCGUCAGUACGAGAAGACGAUUUCAGGGACGCCGGAGAGAGAGGCAACGAUUGUUCUGGACAUGAUAAACAAGACCUCGGCCUUGACCAGCGCAAAAUUGUGAUAGCAGGUAACGUGAGAGAUGCCAAUCACACCGUCGCUUAGAUAAUGAUUGAUGAUGUCACGUCGAAACGAGCUCAUUCGCACCCGCCAUAGUAGAGCAGAAAUUGUCGAAUUUUUCAAGGGCUGCAAAAGCUAUGGUGCUUCAUAGUAUUUCUCUCGUUCGUUCUACUGCACAUUCCUCCAGCUCUCUCCGUGCGGAUGUGUGAUUUGUGCCCACUGUCCCUGGUCUAAGCCGGUUCUGCGUGGUCGAGAAAACGGCACUCUUCACACAGCUGUGACUACUUUGACCGAAUCUCAUCCAGUUUGCUCCGUACGAAACUGGAUAUCGGACCCAUUCAACGUCGUGUUCGACUCACAGAUUGAACCCCCCGCCAACCCCUCCUGGCUGACAGGCAAUCACUCUACCUUAUGGGCCGACUCCGACCGAGGCUGCCUGAUAGUUUCGGGAUCGAGUUUCUAGCUGGAUCCAACCGCUUCCGCCGUGGGCAAUUCCUCGACGUAUUUGUCGACAACUUGCCCUCCGGAACUUAUUAUGGCCAACGACUCGUCUCGUACAUGUAGCUGGAGUCGGGAGAGGUGUCUCUCACCUCCACUGAUGACACUGAUCGACUAUGCACCGCCCUGGUAGCUGUGAUGCAUCUCGCAGGCAGAUGCCAGUGGCAAGGUAGGUGCACCCCUGGAUUUUCUGCCGCCCAUCGAGCCCGGAAGUAUUGCGUGUCGAAGCGGAGUGCCAUUGAGCUGUGACAUCUUUCGGUCAAACAUGCCACUACUUUAUCUCUGCAGCAGUCUUGACAACAUAUUGGGGUAUAUUCUAUCGCUCAGGGAGAGUCGAUCAAGCUGAGAGAGAUUCGUCUACAUUAGAUGAGCCGACCGUGCAGGGAGAGCCAUCCCUGCGGCAGGGCUUCCGAAAUCCAGAUACCGAAGUCAACGUGCUUCUCGACUCUCGAGGUCAGUUGUUCAAACGGGACGACCCGGCAGUCUGAAAUGCAGUUGGGACGGACGGACCGAGCGACAAAUCACAUUGAAUCUCUCCCGUUCUACAUCCCUGAUGGCGCAGCCUACCCUUUCCUGGGAAUGUGGCCAAUCAAGGGCAGCUGAGCGGAACGGUCACAUGCCACGGUUCUGCAAGAUCAUGCUAUGAUACCCCACUUGGAAGCAAGAACGAUCAGGCCAUCGAAGGAUGUGGGGAAAAGAUCCCAGGGCGCACCGCUCUAUCUGGUCGUCCAGGACGCUUUCAUCCUUCAUCGAAGUAUACCGCGAAGAAAUCCGAACGCUCACCGGCCUACCUGCGACUGUGGCCGCUCAGAACGCGUUCUUUCUUUCUCUUAUGCCUGAGAUGGCGAUGCAUGGCACUCAGUGCAGGGCUUCCCGUGAGCGACAAAACGCGGACACGGCUCUCGAUAGCCAACUCGGUCCUGGCGAAGGCUCUCGAAGCGCGGAAGGUGUAUGAAUCUGAUCACGGCGGUUAUGACUAUUACGCUGUACUCGGGCCGCCAGCCGUUGAGCGCCAGCGGGAGUUUUGGACGAAGAGUAGCCCUACAUCAGCCGCAAAUAGGCCUUUGAGGGUCUUUCAAAAGCUCAAGCUCAAGGACGCGUAUUUAAUGGAUGUAAUUUACGAAGAACGAGAGAUUGCCAGCCGUGGCUCAUGAGCAGUCGUGUGACCCGAAUGAUUGAUGUAAAGAAUCACCUGGACGCGACACUCACUGGCAAGUGGCCCGACCUGGUCCGGCACAACCCAGGGAGCAGACAUCGAAGUGAAGCACGCUCCAAAGAACCCCCCAGUCCCCUCCGAAGAAGAGCUUCGCCGUCAGUGCGCAACUAUAUCAGUCAAUGCGCGGAGCUACGUCGUGAAGAUACCGGAUGUUUCUCUUCCUCUCCUUCCUUGCGGCAGCUCAGGCCCUUGCCGGUGCUGAACAGGCCCAGACACCCAUCCACUCCAAUGUGACUUCGGGCGCGACCAUCCAGCCAGCCACCAUACCCAUCGCUCCCCUUGCUUCGUCGAACUUUCCCGAUUGCGUGAAUGGGCCGCUCAAGAACAAUACGGUCUGCGAUACAUCCAAAGACGCCGUUACACGCGCCAAGGCUCUCGUUGCCGCGAUGACGACGACGGAGCUUAUCCACAACAGCGUACACCAGGCGGACGGGGUCGACCGGCUCGGGCUUCCUCCGUACAACUGGUGGUCGGAGGCCCUGCAUGGCGUCGCGUGGACCGGACCAGGCGUCAGCUUUUCGGGGAGCGGAGAUUUCAGCUACGCGACUUCGUUUCCUAUGCCAAUUGUACUCGGAGCCGCCUUCGAUGAUGAGCUCGUCAAGUCCGUCGCGUCCACCAUAAGCACUGAGGCCCGCGCCUUCUCCAACGCUGCACGCGCUGGGCUGGACUGGUUCGCUCCGAACAUCAAUCCAUGGCGCGAUCCACGCUGGGGCCGAGGGCAGGAAUGUCCGGGGGAGGACGCGUUCCACAGUGGGCAAUACGUCUACCAGCUCAUCGACGGGUUCCAGGGAGGAAUCAAUCCACAACCGUACAUCAAGAACAUCGCGGUGUGCAAGCAUUGGGCCGGUUACGAUAUGGAUGAUUGGGAUGGAAUCAUUCAGCGCGAAUUCGAUGCAAUCAUCACUCCUCAGGAAUUGAGCGAGUAUUUCGUGCGCCCUUUCCAAAGUUGUGUGAGAGACGCCAAGGUCAACGCGGUCAUGUGCUCGUACAACAGCCUGAACGGAGUCCCCACCUGCGCCGAUCCAUACAUCCUUGAUGAUAUCCUCGUGGGUUAUUACGGUUUGAGCGAAGACUCGUGGAGAGUCAGCGACUGCGAUGCUGUUCAGAGCAUCUUCGAAAACCACAACUACACGAGUUCGUACCAGGCGGCUGCCGCGGUUGCGAUCAAAGCUGGAACGGAUCUGAACUGUGGAAGCAUCUACUACAACUACCUCCAGACAGCGAUCGACGAGGGAUUGGUGGAGCGCUCGGACAUUGAGAAGGCCAUGGUCCGGCUGUAUGCGUCCCUUGUGCGCCUGGGAUACUUUGAUCCCCCGGAGAGCCAGCCGUACCGCCAGAUCUCGUGGAAGCAAGUCGGCACUCCGGCUGCCGAGAAACUUGCUUAUACUGUUGCCGCCGAGGGAUUGGUUCUGCUGAAGAACGAUGGGACGCUUCCACUCAAGAAGAGUCUGAAGAAGAUGGCCAUCGUUGGGCCGUGGGGCAAUGCAACGGACCAGAUGCAAGGGAACUACUAUGGUGUUCCCCCAUUCCUGAUCACACCAGCCCUGGGCGCGAGCGCUGCAGGAUAUGAGGUGGACUUCGUGCCGGGAAUGUCGAGCGUGACCGAUACCUCGACCGGCGGUUUUGCAGAUGCGAUUACGGCUGCCAAGGCCGCUGAUGUUGUGGUGUUUAUUGGUGGAAUCGACGAUUCUGUCGAAGCAGAGGGCCUGGACAGAACCACCAUUGAUUGGCCAGGGGUGCAGCUCGAGCUCAUUCAGCAACUGGCUGCUGUCGGCAAGCCUUUUGUGGUGGUGCAAUGCGGUGCGGGGCAGGUAGAUGACUCGUGGCUGCUGUCGAGCAAGAAGGUUGGAGCUAUCCUUUGGGCUGGAUAUCCAGGCCAGAGUGGUGGUACAGCCAUCUUCGACAUCGUCAGCGGCAAAGUCGCGCCUGCCGGCCGCUUGCCGCUGAUGCAAUAUCCAGCUGACUACGUGAACGAGGUGCCCAUGACCGACAUGAACCUUCGGCCUAACAAUGCUACGGGAAAUCCUGGUCGGACAUAUCAGUGGUACACUGGGACCCCUGUGAUCGACUACGGCUUCGGACUGCAUUACACUAAGUUCGCGCUCAAGUGGCAGACAAGACCCGCUUCGGUGUACGACAUCUCAGCUCUGGUGACCAGCGCACGGGGUGCCGCGCAUCUUGAUCUCGGGGUCUUUGACACAUUCGGUAUCAAUGUUCACAACACGGGCAAGACCGCAUCGGAUUUCGUCGUCCUUCUGUUCGCGAAAACGACUGCGGGACCAGGGCCCUUCCCCAACAAGUCGUUGAUCGGAUACACUCGUGUGCAUGCGCUGGGCGCCGGAUCGGCUGCUGUGGGACGAAUCAGCGUCACUCUCGGAAGCAUCGCUCGUGCGGACGAGAGCGGCAAUCUCUGGUUGUAUCCCGGAGACUACACUCUGAGCGUCGAUGUUCCCGAGAGUCUGACGCACCGGUUCGUGCUCACCGGGGAGGCGGUGCAGCUGAGCCAGUUCCCUGUUGCACCAAAGUGAAUAACAUACGUUCGAGACCUGCACAAACAAUUGAUUCGUGCCGAUUAGUGCCAUCUCAUCGCCAAAUGAGCUCGAUCAAUCACAAGAACGCUUCGAUCAGCGUGUGCUGGUCAGUGCAUGACCGUGGCAUAACGAGCUGCUGAACGAUUCUUUGCAGAUGCCAUGAACGAGAAUAGCCGGAAGUUGAGAAGGGGGCUCAGGCUCCACGUGCAUUGAACUAUACCCUUAAUUUAUUUUUGUAAAGAACCAGCUUUGAAGAUCAUCUCUCUGAUACCCAUAGUUUCUCCCGCUUCUCGAGAUGCAGGACACCACUGGCUCGGGCAAGCACAUUGCCAGAUUUGAGCGCAGGCAGAUCCAAUGCCCAUCGCUCAAAGGCCUUCACGCUCCCCAGAUGUUUGUGACGGCCGGGCUCUUCGGUGAUGAGAUGGGUGAAGCGUGAGUAUGUUGCAGGCGAAUCUGUCUUGUCGUAGACCCAUUCCUGGCUUGAUGGCACGAGGUAUGGCGGAUAGGGGGACGCAUGUUCAUGCGUGAACAGAGAUGCGCCUGUUUGCAGGGCAAGAUUGCAGAUGUGAGCAUGCACUUUACCUGUUCAGAAUCCAGAUCAGAAUAACUGAAACAUCCGGUCCAAAAACAACAACCUUGGGCCCUGGAGUUGAGGAUAUCCAUCGCCUCUCCUCCGGGAUAGUUUUUGGAUGCUGCACUGGCGAGAAGCAACGUCGCCACAAUAUUGGCACAGAUGGCUCCACAAGCAGCCAAAAAUAAAAAUCGCCCAAACAAGGUCGAUUUGCGUCGAGAUACCCUGCAGUCUGCGAUGAGAACUUCAACAAUAUUCCACACGGGAACAGCGUACACAACAAAGCGCCAUUCCUUGUGGCCCAGCGCACUCAUCGCUCCAACGAGGACAACACUUGGAAAUAUUAGUGGCAGCAGCCGCUUCGGUGAAGAGGAGAAUGCCGAGAACACCGAGAGAGGCAAUGCGGUCAACAGCAGUUUCGGAAGAUGGCUGGUUAGAUAGGCAUGAGCCGGGGAUGUCUGGAAUUCUUGUCAGAAGACGAAAGAAGCAAAAGUCAAAGUGACUUACACCCCAUUCCUCGCUCUUCCCUUCGACGACAUUGAAAUAGAUGCUCUGCCAUUCAGGCCACAGCCAAGGCUGUCCCCAGAAAUAUGAAUCGACACCGACUGUGCAUCCUGCGAACGAAUUAGUUAACGCGAUCCGCGUUCGUCCCAGAAAAUAGAAAUCACCGAUCGAGAUCGCAGAAGAAAGCAAGCCAACCAAAAAUACGCGUCGAAACGACAUAUAACCUAGAAACACCGCUUGCAACGCCAAAGCUGCACCCAACACGGCCAGUUCGGCCCGGAAUACCACGGCCGCGAACACGGUCAAAGCGAUGGACGCGCCGACGCUUGUCUGGGAAGGUUUGUUGGCGUUGGGGGCUCGAUCGACCAGCAAGUAAACCGCGACAUUGACUGUAACAAGUAGAUUGAGCUCGUGCCCGGCACAGCAGAGGACAGGCCGCACCCGGAAAGAGCGCGAACAUGUUGGGAAGAGUUCUGCCCAUCCAGAAGGGUAGAUGGAAUUGCGAGCAAGUGACGAUCGUGUAGAAGAGGCCGUCGGACGUCCAAAUCGACGUGAUACGCCGCGUCGGAUGAGACACAGCCCAAUGGCAUUGAGUGUAGCAAGAACGAGU